GCGCGUGCGCGCUGCGGGGCGGCGGGGCGGGCGGCGAGGCGAUGGCGGCCAUGGGCGCGAUGGCGGCCCUGGGGGCGCUGCCGGCGGGCGCGGGGGCGCUGCCGCCGCUGCCGACGCUGGGGGUGCCGGGCGUGCCCGAGCUGAAGCCGCUGACGCGCUACGAGGCCAUGCGGCUCGGGCCCGGCUGGAGCCACUCGUGCCACGCCAUGCUGUACGCGCCCAACCCGGGCAUGCUGUUCGGCCGCAUCCCGCUGCGCUACGCCGUGCUGAUGCAGAUGCGCUUUGACGGCCUGCUGGGCUUCCCCGGGGGGUUCGUGGAUCGGCGCUACUGGUCCCUGGAGGACGGUCUGAACCGGGUGCUGGGCUUGGGUUUGGGCUGCGUGCGCCUGACGGAGGCUGACUAUCUGUGCUCGCACCUGACAGAGGGGCCACACCGCGUGGUGGCACAUUUCUACGCCCGGCAGCUGACCCUGGAGGAGCUGCACACCAUCGAGAUCAGCGCCGUGCACUCCCGAGACCACGGGCUGGAGGUGAUGGGCAUGGUUCGUGUCCCCCUCUACACCCAGAAGGACCGCAUGGGUGGGCUGCCAAACUUCCUGGGCAACUCCUUUGUUGGAACUGCCAAAUUCCAGCUGCUCUUUGCCCUGAAGAUCUUGAACAUGGUGCCGGAGGAGAAGCUGGCCGAGGCGGUGGCAGCCACGCAGAAGCCGAAGAAGCCGGCGAUCGACCACGCGGCAGCGGCUAAGGCAGCGAAUGAGCUGGUGGGGCCUGCUAGAGCAGGCAACGAAUUUCAAGAUAGUGCCGAGAACCAGGCGGCUGCGCAGGCCGCGGCUGAGCUAGCGGAGCAGCCGGUGGCCGUGCCGGAGAGCCAGGCUGCGUUGGAGCAGCUGGCGGCUGCGCCCGUGGCCGAGGCCGUGGCGGCAGAGCAGCCGGUGCAGCCCAGGGCAGACGCUGCGGCAGACGCUGCGCAGGCGGUGGCUGAGGCGAUGGAGUGAUGCUGCCCUGUUUGUGAUUGAUUAAAAGUGGGUGAGGAGACUAGAGACUUUCGUCUAACUUUCCAACCAGUCGCUGGCUGCAAACGCUGCCCACGUGAUUCCACUGUCCAGCCAGGAGGGUUUGGAUUUGUCUGAAGCAGGGGAAAGCUAUGUAUUUUUAUGGCCAUUAAACUCUAGCGAGCUUCCCAGAUCAAUCUGCGCAGCCCCCUGCAGAGAGUUCAUGUGCUUACGUGAAGGUGCUGAAGCCUUAGAGUUAUGCUUUGAUUUCAGGGACACACUGCUGCAUUCAGGUCCCAGUUUCAUUUUUAAGGAACAAAACUUAAUUGUUUUGAAUUGCCCUUUGUUGACUUGGACAGAGCUGUGUUUUGCAGUGGACACAGCUGAGGAACAAGGCUGCUGGCCGAGCACCUCUGCCCGUGGCUCCACUCGGCCAGCGGCAGCGACGCCGGGCUCCCGCUCGGAGUGCCAGUGUAUGCAGCGACUUGCAGUGAAUUCCCUCUGGGGCAUGGGGACGUCCUCGCGUGGGUUUCUAUCUGGAGAUCUGUGGGAGCAGGAAAGUGGAAUAAAUGGCUUUGCUGAA